AUGCCACCGGGGCCAUGUGGGCUGGCUAAGGGUGCACAUUGGGCGUCUCGGGCGAAGAGCAUUCCUCCACACUGGGUGACAGAACCACAGGAUAGUGGAGCAGCUCAGGGUAGUACUGUCACACUCAACUGUCAGGCAGAUGGCUACCCCACUCCUACUGUCACAUGGAAGAAGGCCAUUAUGGGUGAGAGUGUUAGCAGCGGUGGCAGCAGUAUGGGCAGCAACACCGGCAGCAACAGUGGCCAGGGUGACUAUCAAGAAUUAGUGUAUGGAGCUCAUGUAGAAGUGUUUAAUAAUGGGUCUGUGGUGUUCAGGAAUGUCCAGAAAGCAAUGGAGGGCAAAUAUCUGUGUCAGGCACGUAAUGGUAUUGGUGCUGGACUCAGUAAAGUGGUCUACCUUACAGUUAAUGCUCCAGCACACUUUCCUGAGAAGCUGGGUCGUGUGGUAGUAAGGCUGGGUCAAACUGCAGUGUUGCGCUGCCCAGCGCAUGGUGACCGUCCUAUAGAUAUUCUAUGGUCAGUUGAUGGCCGUCGCCUUGACCCUCAUGCAGAUCCUAGGGUCGAGGUGCGUGAAGAAUCAAUCGAGGACGGACUGGUCUCAGAGUUGGCACUUACCUCGGCUGCAAGAUCACAUUCUGCAACCUACACAUGUCAUGCUGCCAAUGCAUUUGGUCGGGACACUCGAAACAUUGAAUUGGUAGUGCAAGAGGAGCCUGAGCAACCCAAGAAUCUGCGAGUGGUUGAGACACACAGUCGUCGAGUGAAACUCUCAUGGAUGGCUCCGUACAGUGGUAACUCACCCAUCCAGAACUACCUCAUCCAGUAUAAGUUAGCCUCUGAACCAUGGCCAGGCGUGCCAGAAAAGUUGAGUGUUCCCGGGGACCAGACAGAAGGUAUCAUCCAUGAGUUGACUCCUGCCACGGCUUAUCACUUACGAGUUACUGCUCAGAACACACUAGGGCUGGGCACCCCCUCAGAAGUUAUACAGGCGGCCACUGAUGAGGAAGGUGAGUGUUGUAAAUAUAAAAAAAAGGAAUAACUAAAUUAACCACUU